GCCACUCUAGGGCGCCGUCUGGCAAUGAUUUUUAAUUAUCAAUACUCGGAUGGAUGAGGAAAACAAAGCCAUUGAACAUCCCAGCAGCCCUCACCACCCCCGCCCUCAUUCACCGAGCCUUAGACAGUCUCCGCGGAGCCAAUGGGCUCGACUGUGGCGCAUGUGGCCGCCUUCUCCAGCACUGCACCGACCACCGUCUCCUCCGCCAGGCCAAGCAGCUUCACGCCCGCGUUGUCCUUCUCUCCGUCGUCCCCGACAACUUCCUCGCUUCCAAGCUCCUCACUUGUUACUGGAAAUGUGGCCGUGUAUACGAAGCCCACAAGGUGUUCGACGACAUUCCUCAAAAAAACAUCUUCUCUUGGAACGCUAUGCUCAUUGGAUACUCGCUUAGUGAUAUGUACGCACACACGCUAAAACAUUUUUCGUGCCUGCUGUCUUCGUGGCCGACAGGUGUGAAGCCUGAUAACUAUACGAUUACAUGCGUGUUAAAGGCACUGGCAGCGGUGUACACCGACUCGAGCUUGGGUAGGGAGAUUCAUUCGUUUGUUUUGCGACACGGGUUUGAUGUGGAUGUCUUUGUUAUUAAUGCUCUGAUUACGUAUUAUGCAAGAUGUGACGAUCUUGGGUCGGCGAGAAGGUUGUUUGAUUGGAUGCCCGAGAAGGAUAUUGUGUCGUGGAAUUCAAUGAUUGCUGGAUAUUCUCAAGGUGGGUAUUAUGACCAGUGUGGUAGCUUGUAUAUGGAAAUGAUUGUUUCUGCGGGGUUAAGGCCAGAUGGGAUGACACUGGUAAGUGUUCUGCAGGCCUGUGCGCAGUUGAAGGAUCUUAUUUUUGGGAUGGAAGUUCACAAGUUUGUGAUUGAGAACAAAAUUGAAAUGGACUUAUCAGUUUGCAAUGCUGUUAUUGGAUUGUAUGCAAAAUGUGGCAGUUUGGACUAUGCCACAGAGCUUUUUGAAGAAAUGAGUGAGAGGGAUGAAAUCACUUAUGGAUCAAUUAUCUCCGGGUACAUGGUUCAUGGUUUUGUUCACAAAGCCAUGGGUCUCUUCCGUGAAAUGAAAAAGCCAGCUUUAAGUACAUGGAAUGCUGUGAUUUCAGGUCUGGUUCAGAAUGGCCAGCACAUUGGAAUUCUGGAAUUAGUCCGCGAAAUGCUGGCAUCUGGUUUCAGGCCAAAUGCUGUGACAUUAUCAAGCAUUCUUCCUGCAUAUUCAUAUUUUUCAAACCUAAAAGGGGGGAAGCAAAUACACGGUUAUGCUGUUAGGAACAAUUACUUUCAUAAUAUAUAUGUGGCCACUGCCAUUAUUGACACUUAUGCAAAAUCUGGAUUUAUUCAUGGGGCACAUCGGAUUUUUGAUCAAUCGAAAGAUAGAAGUGUGAUAAUUUGGACGGCAAUAAUAUCAGCAUAUACAGCCCAUGGAGAGGCUAAUGCAGCUCUUAAUUUGUUUGCUGAGAUGGUAUAUAAGGGGACUCAACCAGACCCUGUCACAUUUACGGCAGUAUUGGCAGCUUGUGCUCACUCAGGAGUAGUAGACGAAGCUCAGAAUAUCUUUAAUACCAUGGUCUCGAAGUAUGGCAUUCAACCCUCAGUUGAACAUUAUGCUUGCAUGGUAGGGGUUUUAAGCCGAGCAGGAAGGCUCUCAGAGGCUGUGGAAUUUAUUUCUAAAAUGCCAAUUGAACCAAGCGCUAAAGUUUGGGGUGCAUUGCUCAAUGGUGUUUCAGUCUCUGGUGAUGUUGAACUUGGGAAGUUUGUUUGUGAUCGCUUGUUAGAGAUUGAGCCUGAAAACACUGGGACAUAUAUCAUUAUGGCAAAUUUGUAUUCACAGGCUGGGAGAUGGGAAGAAGCUGAAAGGAUGAGGGAAAGGAUGAAGAGAAUUGGAUUGAAGAAGAUCCCAGGCAGUAGUUGGAUUGAAACACGUGGAGGGUUACGGUGCUUCAUUGCCAAGGAUACAUCAAAUGAAAGAACCAAAGAUAUUUAUUGCGUGUUGGAAGGACUCCUCGAGUUGAUGAGAGAGGAAGGGUACGUCAUGCAGGAUGGGUUCGAUGAGGUAUAUGGUUCAAUGUGAAAUCGUUGAUGCCAGUGGAAUCAUUGUCAAUUUGUUCAUGGGUGCAUUGCUGGUAGAAACAACAGCAUGCUUGCACAUUCAGAGAUAUCGGGCCUACCAUGUUAUAUUUACAGACAACAUUGUAAACACCAAGUUUUUUUAAGGCAGGUUGGAGGCUAGAAAGUGUCUUGUUUGGAGAACCAGCCCCACACUUGGGCUGGAUGUUUAGGAGUGGGAAGGCUUUGCCUUCAUUUGCACCAAAAGCUUUGUUAGAUGACUGUACUUGAUGUGGAUGGUCUAGUUUUCUUAUUGGAACCAGAAAAACUAUGAAGAGACUGAAGUUGGUGCUUGAGAAGCAAUUAGAAAAACCAGAUAAAAAAAGGCUGUGCAUCUAUGAGUUUGCAGUACAAUGAGUAUGAAUUCAGAAAAUAAAAUAUACCAUUUUCACUC